AUGGAUUCUUCAAAAGAGGAACUUUUCCUCAUGUGUGAAGAAGCUCGCAAAGAAUGCGAAGAUUUCAUGGAAACCUGUAAGAUUGAAGAUAUGGGGCGCGGUUUCUGGGCCCCGUUUUGGCGAUCUGCAUCGCAGAUGUCCUUGUCUCUCACGAAAUCAUUUCUCUCAGUCGAAAUGGAAAGGAGUCAGCCGGAAUGGUGGAAUCACGAGGUAAUUCAGCGUCAUCUAGAGACCAUCCACCGGGUUAGGAAGUAUGAGCGAAAGCUUCGAUACUUGGUUCACGACAAGGAGAUCUUCCCCCUUCCCCGCGAAGAUAUCCGUGCAGCCGAGCCCCUUGAGCUGGAGGUCGCGGUGCUGGGCGAGACGAAGCAUAGUGUUGUAGCAGCCCGAGUUAUGUUCUUGUUGCGGGCGAGGAAGGAAGGACGAAGCACAUUUCCGAGCGACGGUGGUCUACGGUACGGAGGUCUUGACUUUUCCGCCUUUACCGUGAAGUGA